AGGGCUGUCUGUUGAAACUAUGGCUGGAGGCUGGUUGAGGAUUCCGAGAACCAUUCGGGGUGGAGUUUGCUGAAAGGCUAAACCUCCGAGGGGCGUUGCUGCGAGGGGCGUUUUUCCUUUCGGCGGAACCGUAGCUAACGGCUGGUAGCAACUCUGAAGCUCGGGAGGCCAUCUUGUUCGCUUCUGUUCCGCCUCCGACUACGCUUCCCAGGAGACCCUUCGGCAUCUCGCGCUCUGCCCUUUUCCUAAGGAGUGUUCAGGAACAAACAUAAAAGCCAAAGCCAUGGCGCAGGAGGCAGUCGUGUUCAGUGAUGUAUCCAUAGACUUUUCUCAGGAGGAAUGGGAAUGCCUGACUGAUGGUCAAAGAGAUUUAUACAGAGACGUGAUGCUUGAGACCUACAGCAUCCUGGUUUCCAUGGGACAUUCCAUUUCGAAACCUCAUGUGAUUUUAUACUUGGAACAAGGGAAGGAGCCUUGGUUGGGUGAUGGAGAGCUGACAAGAGGCCAGUGGUCAGUCUUGGAAUCACCUGAGACCAAGAAAUCAUUUCUGCAGAAGGAAAUUUGUGAAGUAGGCUUAUCCCCAUGGGAACUCAUGGGAAGACUUGCAAAAGGUGACAUUUCAGACUCAGGUUGCCAAGAUGAAUGGGAGUGUAAUGGCCAGGUAGAGAAGCACCCUGGCUCCCAGAUGAAGCAUUUCAGUGAGCUGAUAAUCACUUCUGAUGACAUGCCCUCUUUCAGUCAGCAUCCAUCCUUCACACUCCAGCACAUCAUUAAUAAUAAAGAGAAAUACUGUGCCACAAAAGAAAACAGGAAAUCCUUUAGGCCUGGCUCACACCUGACUCCCCAUGAGAUAAUUCAUACCAUAGAGAAGCCCUAUGAAUGCAAGGAAUGUGGUAAGACCUUUAGGCACCCCUCAAGACUGGCUCAUCAUGAGAAAAUUCACACUGGCAAGAAACCCUUUGAAUGUAAAGAAUGUGGGAAAACCUUUAUUUGUGGCUCUGACCUCACUCGACAUCAUCGAAUUCACACUGGUGAGAAACCCUACGAAUGUAAGGAAUGUGGGAAGGCUUUCAGUAGUGGUUCCAAUUUUACUCGCCAUCAGCGAAUCCACACUGGUGAGAAGCCCUACGAAUGUAAGGAAUGUGGGAAGGCUUUCAGUAGUGGGUCAAAUUUUACUCAGCAUCAGAGAAUUCACACUGGAGAGAAGCCCUAUGAAUGUAAGGAAUGUGGGAAUGCCUUUAGUCAGAGUUCUCAACUUAUUAAACAUCAGAGGAUACACACAGGUGAGAAGCCCUACGAAUGUAAGCAGUGUGAGAAGGCUUUUCGUUCUGGCUCUGAUCUUACUCGACAUCAGAGGAUUCAUACUGGAGAGAAACCCUAUGAGUGUAAGAUAUGUGGGAAGGCUUAUUCUCAGAGUUCACAGCUGAUCAGCCAUCAUCGAGUCCACACUGGUGAGAAACUUUAUGAAUAUAGAGAAUGUGAGAAAAACUUUGAUUAUGGCUCACAACUUCUCCAGCAUCAAAAUUUUCAUGCAAAACUGAAAGCUUAUUUAUCUAAACUCUGUGGUACUGGGUUCUCUAAGCACACAUCUGCUGCUCCACAGCAGAGAAUUCAGUUUGUGGAGAAACCCUACGAGUGCAAGGAGUGUGGGAAAGCCUUCAGAGUGCGCCAACAGCUUACUUUUCAUCACAGAAUUCACACAGGAGAGAAACCCUACGAAUGCAAGCAGUGUGGGAUGGCCUUUAGGCAGACCGCCCACCUCACUCGACAUCAGAGACUUCACUCUGGUGAGAAGCUCCAUGAAUGUAAGGAGUGUGGGGAAGCUUUCCUAUAUGGCCCUGACCUUAGAGUCCAUCAGAAAAUCCAUGUCGGUGAGAAGCCCUACGAGUGUAAAGAAUGUGGGAAGGCCUUCAGAGUGCGGGGACAGCUUACUCUUCACCAGAGAAUCCACACUGGUGAGAAGCCAUAUGUGUGUACAGAGUGUGGGAAGGCCUUCAGGCAGUAUGCACACCUUAGUCGCCACCAGAAGCUCAACACUGCAGACCGAAUCUAUGAAUGCAAGGAGUGUGGGAAGGACUUCCUGUGUGGCUCGGGCCUUCGGGUCCAUCACAAACUUCACACUGGUGAGAAGCCCUAUGAAUGUAAAGAAUGUGGGAAGGCCUUCAGAGUGCGCCAGCAGCUCACACUCCAUCAGAGGAUUCAUACUGGUGAGAAGCCCUACGAAUGUAAGGAAUGCGGGAAAACAUUUAGUCGGGGUUAUCAUCUAAUUCUCCAUCACAGAAUUCACACUGGCGAAAAGCCUUAUGAGUGUAAGGAGUGCUGGAAAGCCUUCAGCCGUUACUCACAGCUGAUUUCCCAUCAGAGUAUUCAUAUUGGGGUGAAGCCCUACGACUGUAAGGAGUGCGGGAAGGCCUUUCGUCUCCUCUCCCAGCUGACCCAGCAUCAGAGCAUUCAUAUUGGUGAGAAGCCCUAUCAGUGUAAGGAGUGUGGGAAAGCCUUUCGGUUGCGUCAGAAGCUUACUCUACAUCAGAGCAUUCACACUGGGGAAAAGCCCUUUGAGUGUAAGGAAUGUAGAAAGGCUUUUAGACUUAACUCUUCCCUCAUUCAGCAUCUGCGAAUUCAUUCGGGUGAGAAACCUUACGAAUGUAAGGAGUGUAAAAAGGCCUUUAGGCAGCACUCACACCUUACCCAUCACCUCAAAAUUCACAGUGUCAAAAUGUAAGACACAUUCUAUGAAUGUUGUAAUCUUCUGCCGCACACCUGUACUUGACUCAGCCUAAGAGGUUUUUCUGCUCUUAAAGGAAUGUGAUAAUGUAUACCAUUAUCGCAUUCCCCAGUCUCCAUUCUCAGACUUCUGUCUUCUGCAUAUUUGUUU